UACAAGGAGCUGUACUACAAAGUACAGAACCUCGAAGAGUUUCCUGAGGUUCUACCGGCAGCAAAGGAGAUGCUUCUAGAACUCUUGGAACAUGGCUUCUCAAUGGCAAGAUACAAGCCGCAGACCCGCAGCAUUCUAGACCUCAAGGAGUAUGACGCAGUAUCUCUAGAUAUGUUUCUUGAGGCCGAACGUCAAGAAGUCUCGGAUGGAUUCGAAUCGUAUGUCAGGCGAAGAGCAGCCGGGUCGCCUCGCGAACUCUUCAAUACCAAAGAAGACGCAAUCCAAUGGCUUAAGCGCCUUGCCCCCUUGAACCUCAUCGAUGGAGCUUGGCUGUGCCGCGUUCACAAGAUCACGACACCAUUUGUGCUCAGAGACGUUACCAAGAAUGCCUGGCAGGUAUUUUCAGAAGAACUAGGAGAUGGAGAUGUUGAGAAGAAUCACGUCUUGAUUUAUAGAGAUUUGCUGAGGGAGCAUGGUGUUCAUCUUCCAGCGUGUGACUCGAUCGAGUUCAUCCGGGAACACCACGAACUGAACGACGAGCAAGUGUGGAGGAACUCAAUCGGCCAAUUGCUUAUUUCUCUCUUCCCCAACGAGUUUCUACCCGAGAUUCUGGGCCUAAACUUGCACUUCGAAGCGUUGGCACCCACUGGCUUGAGAGCUACCCAAGAGUGCCCUGAAGUUGGCAUCUCGGCCUACUACUUCGCUCUCCAUGUAUCCAUCGAUAACGCUGACUCGGGACACUCGGGCAUGGCAUUGGCAAACAUUGUCGCCUUCAUGGAGCUCAUGCGCAAGACUGGCAUGAUGGACUGCCAGCAAGCAUGGAAGCGCAUCCAGGCCGGCUAUCUGCUUUCGCAAAGCCUCGACGACAGCGAGACGCCAGACGUAUUUGAAGAGAGGCUGAUCCAGAUCCUCCAUCGCAAGGCGAAUCUCGCACGCAAGAUUCACUGCACCAGUCGAGCCCGGAUCGGUGGGAAAAGCUUAUCAGAGUGGUUUUCGGCGCCCUUCUCGGCCAACGAGAAAGGAGACGAGUGGAAACACGGCUUUCUGCACGCCUUGGCCGAUUCGAGGCCGUGGGUGUACAGAGGCAAUAGCGGCAAGAGUCUGCUCAUGAAAGAGCUCUCCUGGACAGGUAGAAUGUUUGGCGCAUUCACCGACAGCGAGGUCCAUCUCAUGCGCACCUGGAUCGAUUUACUCCCAGAAAAGGAUGCUCGUCCAGGAGACGCUUACUGGAAGACUGUUAGGGGGCACACUCUCUUAGAAAACUCCUUUCUACCCUCACGGCAGGAUGUGGCUGUUACUCAUCCGGUCUUUGAACCCCAGGAUAUAAUCCCUCCUUCUGGCGCGUCGCCCGACCUUGUUCCAUUUCCCGCCUUGCAGGUCUCUGAGACCAGGCUUACCGCCAUUCUUCCGCUAUGGUUCGUUCAUCCGUGCGUGUUGGAGAAUAUAGUAGCGUCGCCGUAUCAGACAGCCGAACCGUUGACGUCCAAGAUUCUCCAAAUCAUCCGCGCUGAGAUGGGCUACAGCCCGGAGAACACGGGCAUGGCGGGCAUGGAUGAGCAGUUACGCCGUGGAUAUCGCCCCGACCUCAUCGCCCUCGGAUGCGAAAUGGCUCACAGAAACAACGUUCCCGAGCCGACGUGCCUUGGCGAUGUCAUCGGACCGUUGAGCGAGGACUCGCCCGCAGCCACCAAGUUUGCGCACUCUCUGCUCAACUGGUCAAUGAGACCGCAGAAGAACGGGGCAUUCCUGCUGGGUCUGGCUCGCGCUUUUCUCGACAUGGAGAUCUGGGUGGCUGCAAACGAAUCGUUGCUGGCUAAAGAGGCGAGGGCAUAUCUGUGGCAGGUCAUUGAGCGAAAGAGGACAGGAUUCGAGGCUUGCUUGACGGAGCUCGGUCCAGAUCCCGCCAAGUCUUGUGAAUUCGUUGGCGGUUACGAGUAUGGACGGGCGGAGAUUGAGAAGAUAUUG